AUGGAUUUCAUAUCGGAUCACUUUCUCGUCUAUGCCGAAGCUGCGGAUGUGAGGGGUAGUGUGGGUGUUAAAGUGUUCAAAUCAAGAUGUUUACGUACUUUAGAAUAUGAAACUGUCACGGAAUAUUUGUCACUUACUCCUUUUGAUGAUGUGUUAUACAUUUCUGAUGUUGAGGACAAAGUUGCAUGUUUUACGCGGUUGAUGAUUGGUCUGUACGAUGAGUUGGCUCCGGUGAGGUUUAUACGGUGUAGGAAAAAUUACAAGCCUUGGUUCACUUCUACCAUCAAGAAAUUGAUUUCGCUGAAGAAUGCUGCUCUCAAUAAGUUUAAACAGAACAGAACCUCUUCGAACUGGGAUUAUUAUAAAAAUAUUCGUAAUGCGACCACUGCUGCUGUGAAUAGGGAAAAAAAAGCUUAUGUUCAGUUUGCCUUUGAUGGGAGGGGGGUUGAUAGCAGGAUCUUAUGGACAAGACUAGGAGAACUGGGUGUACAUGUUAAAACUGCCGCGAAGACAAUCCCGCCUACUUUGGAUAAACCACAGGAUUUGAACAAUUUUUUUCUCAAAUUUUCACAAACCUUGAGUGCUAAUCAGGUCAACGAUGCAAUUAGUUAUUAUUCAUCAUCUAGUUUCGCUCCGUUUGAGGAAAGAUUGCACUUCACCUUAACAGAUGAAGAUGAAAUUUAUGACAUUAUUAAGUCCAUUUAUUCUGGGGCUAUUGGGCCUGACGGUUUGAACGUUGAAAUGCUUUUGCGUUGCUGCCCACAUAUACUCAGACAUCUAGUUAACAUUUGCAAUAGUUGCAUAAUAGAUGCCAAAUUUCCCGACUCCUGGAAGGUUUCCAAGGUGGUUCCGAUACCCAAGGUUAGCAAUCCCACAAGUUUUAAUGACAUCCGCCCCAUUUCCAUUUUGUCUCCUUGCGCGAAGGUAGUGGAAAAAAUCUUAGCAGUUAGAAUAAGAUCUCACUUGGAUAAAUUCAACAUCUUGCCGCCGCGCCAGUCAGGCUUCAGGAAGGGUUAUGGUUGCUGUACAGCUCUGCUGGAUAUUGUGGAUACCAUUAUUCGGAACGUUGACACUGGUAAAAGCUGUGUUUUGCUGCUUUUGGAUUACUCCAAGGCUUUAGAUAGAGUUAAUCAUCAACUUAUGACUGCAAUACUGAGGCAUAUAGGAUUAUCCGAUGUAGCCGGAUAA